AUGGGCAUAGAUGGAGACAAUGAUGGAAAGUCAGUUCGUGAGAAAAUGACAUUGACAGUCAAUGAAAUUGUUGCACACCUGAUUAGUGCUCACAACUCCAACCGGGAUGUAGAUCUGAACAAGCUAAAGUGCGUUAUCUCUCGAAAAUAUGGUUUGAGCAAUCAGCCGAAACUAGUGGACAUAAUAUUGGCUGUGCCACCAGAUUAUAAGAAAGCCUUGCUACCAAAAUUGAAAGCUAAACCGGUUCGAACAGCUAGUGGAAUUGCUGUAGUGGCUGUUAUGUGUAAACCUCACAGAUGUCCGCACAUCAAUUUUACAGGUAAUAUUUGUGUAUAUUGUCCUGGUGGACCAGAUUCUGAUUUUGAAUACAGUACCCAAUCGUAUACUGGUUAUGAACCAACUUCAAUGAGAGCGAUUCGAGCUCAUUAUAAUCCAUACUUGCAAACUAGAUGUAGAAUUAUGCAACUUCGGGAGUUGGGUCAUUCUGUGGACAAGGUGGAAUUUAUUGUUAUGGGAGGUACAUUCAUGUCUCUUCCGGAUGACUAUCGCGAUUAUUUCAUUAGGAAUUUACAUGAUGCGUUGAGCGGACAUCGCAGUUCUUCAGUUGCGGAAGCAGUAGCUUUUAGCGAAAGAAGUCAUAUUAAAUGCAUUGGAAUAACGAUUGAAACGCGACCAGAUUAUUGCCUUCCCCGUCAUCUUGACGACAUGCUUUCUUAUGGUUGCACUAGGCUAGAGAUUGGUGUUCAGUCGACCUACGAAGAUGUUGCUACAGAUACAAAUAGAGGGCAUACAGUCAAAGCGGUGUGUGAAUGUUUUCAUAUGUCGAAGGAUACGGGAUAUAAGGUGGUUAUUCAUAUGAUGCCUAAUUUACCAAACGUUGAUGUUGAGAGAGAUCUUGAACAGUUUGUUGAACUCUUCGAAAAUCCUGAUUUUCGGCCAGACGGGAUGAAACUUUACCCAACUUUGGUUAUACGCGGAACUGGUCUUUAUGAACUCUGGAGGACUGGACGGUAUAAAAGUUAUUCUCCAGAGGUUUUAGUAGAUUUGACUGCUCGCAUCUUGGCUUUAGUUCCCCCGUGGACAAGAGUUUAUCGUGUACAACGAGAUAUUCCAAUGCCAUUAGUGUCUAGCGGUGUAGAGUACGGUAAUCUCCGUGAACACGCUCUUGCUCGUAUGAAGCAGCUUGGCACAACUUGCAGAGAUGUUCGUACACGAGAAGUAGGGAUACAGGAAAUUCACAACAAAGUAAGGCCAUACGACGUUGAGCUUAUAAGAAGAGAUUACGUAGCAAACGGUGGUUGGGAAACUUUCCUGUCUUAUGAAGAUCCGGAACAGAUAUCUGUGUAA